AUGGCUGCCAAUACGGUGGAUCAUUAUGGCCCCAAAUUGGUCGAAAAGGCCGACAAAAUCCAGCAACGAGUGAGCACCUCUAAGGAUGGCUCGCAACCCGCCGGUGGCUUCGAUGCGACACCUAUUCCGCACGCUCCGCCUGGGUACACCAUCAAGUUCACCUUCCAUCGCGCCGUGGACCUCCCCUUCGGAGAUAUCGGUAGUUUCUCGUCGGAUCCCUACGUUUUUGCGCGCCUCGACGUCGAUCUGCCCCGCCGUCACAAGCAGGAUCCAGCUGUGACAUUCCGGACCCCCACGAUACACAAGGACAAGAACCCCGUCUGGAACACUGAAUGGAUUGUCGCCAACGUACCGGCCUCGGGGUUCAAGUUGAAGGUGCUUGUGUAUGAUGAGGACCCCGCGGAUCACGACGAUAAGCUGGGCCUCACGACCAUCGAGGUCCCCUUGCUCUCGGAGAAUUGGUCGGACAUUAAAGAUCAUCCGUUCAAGGUCAAGCAUCGCUUUGCUAGCAAGCGGGUCUAUGUCAUGACCAACAUCUCCAAGGUUACAGGUCAUCACAAGGAGUCGUUCAUCUAUAUGAGUAUUGAAUGCCUGGGGAAGACGCCGGGUACCGAAGGGGGUCAGAUGUAUACCGUCGGUCCGAAUAUCUGGUUCAAGCACUUCUCUCCUCUCAUCGGACGGCUGGCAGGUGUCAAGGAUUCAGUUCAGAGCGAGGAUGGGAGUGGCAAGGAGAUCAGUCGAUACAAUUUCCAAGCCAUUCAGAUGCAGCUAACCGGGCCAGUCCCCUCGAAAAUGUACCACCGCUAUGUGGAGUUCAGGCCAUUCGUGGCGGGCAUGUUCCAGGCGCAAAGCUUGCGAGGUCGGAUCCUGCACAAGGCGCUCCAUCACCAGCAUCAGCGCAUCUACAACUUUGAUCGCUCGACGCUGAAUGGUACCUUCCAAGAGCCCUGCCGGGAAAUGACUCAAAAGUUCCUGGAAUUCGUUCAACAUGGCCAGGGCGGACGCAUUUUCACCUACGUGCUGAUGCUGGAUGGACAGUUCCGAUUCACCGAGACCGGCAAGGAAUUUGGAAUUGACUUGCUGAGCAAACACACCAUGCACAGUGAUGUGUCGAGCUAUAUCGCAUUCUCCGGCGAGUUCUUUGUCCGCCGUCGCGGACACCGUCACCGCCAUCGCUCUCGCUCGCAGUCUCCAGCAUCGCGACCCUCUACGUCGCAUCAUCCUACCGAGUUUCCCGUAGAAGAAGAUGAUACCGAAGAAACCCACAAAGAAGCCCAUCAGAUUUCGACCGAGCCCGCAGACUAUGAGCUCUUCAUCGACAACGACAGCGGUACAUACCGUCCGAAUGCCGAACUUCUGCCCUUGCUGAAGAAGUUCUUCGCCUCAAAUUUCCCCGGUCUGCAUAUCACGACUUUGGACUGCAACGGCGAUGCUGAGCGUAUGGGCCAGCUGAAGGAAGAACAGCGCGAGUUCAAGAGGAAGCAGGGCCAUAUGAUCACGUAUCUGCAGCAGAGCAGUGUCUCGUCCCUGUCCAUCUCCAGCUCGGAGGAAGAUGAGCUGAAUGAGCGCAGUGGGAGUGGCAAGCAACGCGGUGAUCUAUCCCGUCGAGUCCAUGAGAUGCGCGACGUCAAGGGCCAGAUGAUGCGGUGGGUGGAACACGAUGGCCAUGCUGAUCGACCCAAGAACCGUCAUAAUUCCGGACGCGAUCGAGCUGCUUCGAUGGGAGAGGUUAAGAAUCCUCGCAAACCUUUGUCCACGGUAGACUCGGCAGUCUAG